AUGUACGUUGUCAAGCGCGACGGCCGGAAGGAGGCCGUGCACUUCGAUAAGAUCACCGCUCGAUUGAAGAAGCUCAGCUACGGUCUCAGCACGGAAUUCUGCGAUCCCGUCUUAGUGGCUCAGAAGGUGUGCAUGGGCGUGUACAAGGGUGUGACUACAGCGCAGCUCGAUGAGCUGGCAGCUGAAACCGCAGCGGGAAUGACGGCCACCCACCCAGACUACGCUCUUCUGGCUGCGCGUAUUGCAGUCUCCAACCUGCACAAGAAGACAAAGAAGUCGUUCUCUGAAACGGUGAAGGACAUGUACGCGCAUGUGAACCAGGAGUCAGGGCUUCCCGCACCCUUGAUCGCAGAUGACGUCUACGAGAUUAUCAUGAAGCAUGCGGAGAGGCUAGACAGCGAGGUCAUAUACGACCGGGACUUCGACUAUGACUACUUUGGCUUUAAGACCCUCGAGCGCUCCUACCUGCUCAAGGUGAACGGGAAGGUUGUUGAGCGACCGCAGCACAUGCUGAUGCGAGUGGCGGUGGGGAUUCACAAGGAGGACAUAGAGGCAGCCGUGCAGACCUACCACCUCAUGUCGCAGCGAUGGUUCACACAUGCAUCUCCCACGCUCUUCAACAGCGGCACGCCCAGGCCCCAGCUAAGCAGCUGUUUCCUCGUCUGUAUGAAGGAGGACAGCAUCGAGGGCAUCUACGACACGCUCAAGGAGUGUGCAGUGAUCAGCAAGUCAGCGGGCGGCAUUGGCUUGUCCGCACACUGCAUCCGCGCAAAGGGCAGCUACAUUCGUGGCACCAACGGCAUGUCGAAUGGGAUUGUGCCGAUGCUGAGGGUGUUCAAUGAUACAGCGCGAUACGUGGACCAGGGCGGAGGCAAGCGCAAAGGUGCGUUUGCAAUCUACAUUGAGCCUUGGCAUUCAGACGUGCUUGACUUUCUUGACCUGAGGAAGAACCAUGGCAAGGAGGAGAAUAGAGCAAGGGACUUGUUUUACGGGCUGUGGAUUCCCGACCUCUUCAUGCAACGUGUGCAGGUGAGUGAGAGGUCCAACAUGCCCUGGUCGCUCUUCUGCCCCAACGAGGCCCCUGGUCUGGCGGACUGCUGGGGGGAGGAUUUUGAGGCGCUCUACCUCAGAUACGAGCGGGAGGGCCGAGCCAAGCGGGUGAUACCGUCACAGAAGCUCUGGUUUGCAAUCUGUGAGGCGCAGAUUGAGACAGGAAAUCCGUACAUGCUGUUCAAGGGGGUUCCGUCUGAAGCCCAUCCGUCCAAGCUGACUGGAAGCCUCAACCACGACCAGCGAUUCUUCGACUUUGAGAAGCUGGGGGAGAUCGCCAUGUUUGUAUCAUGUAACCUCAACAGAGUAAUCGACGUCAACUUCUAUCCCUCCAUCACCCACCUCUCCCUCCUGUUCCCCACUUUCUUCCAUCUCCCCACGGUCCUCACUCACUCAGUCCUCCCCCUUGCCCCUCUCCUUGCCUGCAAACCCCAGAUCACAGAGGUGGUGACACGCAAUCUCAACAGAGUCAUCGACAUCACAGAGGUUGUGACACGCAAUCUCAACAGAGUCAUCGACGUCAACUACUAUCCCACCGAGUCAGCCCGUCGCUCCAACAUGCGCCACCGGCCCAUCGGCCUCGGCGUGCAGGGGCUGGCAGAUGCAUUCAUUCUUCUUGGCAUGCCCUUUGACUCGCCUCAGCUGAGCAAACUGCAGGAGCAGUUGAAUGGGAGGAAACUAGCUACUACCACUCACUGCACAUAUCAUACCAGCUCGUUCAUUCGUCUUUGUCCUUUUCUCACAACUCCUUCUCUCCCUUCCCCUCCUUCCCCCUUGCACAUUGCUAACGAUCAGGCCCGACAACUGAACCGGGAUAUUUUUGAGACCAUCUACUACCACGCGCUCCGCACGUCGUGCCAGCUGGCAAAGGAGGAAGGCACGUACGAGUCGUACCCCGGCUGCCCUGUCAGCAAGGGCGUGUUGCAACCGGACAUGUGGGGAGUGACUCCCUCUGACCGCUGGGACUGGGCAGCACUGCGAGCCGACAUAGCGGCUCACAGGCUAAGGAACUCCCCUGCUCCCUGCUA